UCAGACGUCACCGCGAUGUUUAUUGUGGAGCUCUCCUUGAGAAGUCCAGGAUGUCAGUUCGUAAGUUUGGUUGGGUGUCGAGUGUUGCGUGUUUGUACUGCGGACAUGUUCAAGAAUUUCGGGGUACGAGGUCUCCAAUGUGUGCUACAGCGCCGUCUGCCUGCCAGCUCCGUGUGGCCACUGUCAGCAGGGUGUGGUCAGACGGAGGGACGGGACAGAAAAUACAGCCAUGCCAGCGGAGACAGGGAAAAGUUUGAGGGGUCGUAUCAUCAAAACAACGCUAUUAGAUGGCUCGGUGUCGGAACAGCAGCUGCCGUUGGAGCGGCCGUGUUCUGGAGUUGGCGCAGUGAAGUCUAUGCUGCCGAAAAAGCCGGUCCCGAUGACGUCCGCAGGGACUUGCCGACCUUCAAAAACGAAGAACUCGCCAAACACAAAACGAAAGACAAAGGCAUUUGGGUGAGUUACAAACAUGGCGUCUAUGACGUCACAGACUUCGUCAAGGAGCACCCUGGCGGCAACAAGAUCCUACUGGCUGCCGGGGCCGACAUCGCGCCCUAUUGGGACCUGUACGGCGUGCACAAGGAACCGAAUGUCGUCAAAAUGCUGGAGAAGUACAGAAUCGGCAACAUCGAGACGGUGUUUGUCACGAAUAAGAUGGACAAAGACGACCCAUACAAGAACGACCCCAAGCGCAAUCCGCUGCUCGUGCCGGCGUCAUCUAAGCCGUUCAAUGCCGAGUCGCCGACGCCUUUUCUUGCCGAAGCUUUUCUGACCUCCAACGACCUUUUCUUCGUGCGAAACCACCUGCCCGUGCCGGACCUAAAGACGGGAGAGGUCGAAAUCGGCCUCGACGGAUCGUCAAAGGGCAAGAAAUUCACGCUCGCCGAACUGAAGAAGAAGUUUCCAAAGAAGUCAGUCGUCUCCGUCGUCCAGUGUGCCGGAAACCGCCGAAGCGACAUGCUGAAGAUCAAAGAGGUGAAGGGCCUGUUCUGGGGCGCCGGCGCCAUCGGGAACGCCGAGUGGUCGGGGGCGCUGCUCGACGACGUCCUCAAAGCCUCGGGGAUCGACCUGGACAAGGUGCAGCAGAAGCACCUCCAGUUCGAAGGGAUGGACAAAGGCCCCGACGGGUCGACAUACGGCGCGUCGAUCCCCAUCGAAAUAGCGCAGUCGCUGAAGAACGAGAUCAUCAUUGCUUACGAGAUGAACGGCAUGGACAUCCCGAGAGACCACGGCUACCCGCUGCGCGUCAUCAUCCCCGGCGUGGUCGGGGCGCGGCAGGUGAAGUGGCUGCGCAAGAUCACCCUCAGCGACAACGAGAGCGGCAGCCACUGGCAGCAGCGCGACUACAAGGGCUUCAACAGCUCCGUCGACUGGCACAACGUCUGCUUCGAGAACGCCUACGCCAUCCAGCACCUGCCCGUCAUCUCGGCGAUCUGUGAGCCCACCGACGACCACGACGUCGAGGAGGACGCCGAGGAGAUCAACCUGCGCGGCUACGCGUGGAGCGGCGGCGGGCGGGGCAUCAUCCGCGUUGACGUCUCCGUGGACGGUGGCAAGACGUGGCACGAGGCCGACCUGCAGCCCACCAACCAGCCCAUCUACCGCACGUGGGCGUGGACGCUGUGGGACGUGACCAUCCCGCUGCCUGAAACGCACGGCAAGCGGCUCGACAUUGUCUGCAAGGCGGUCGAUAUCUCCUACAACGUCCAGCCCGACAACGUGGAGGGCAUCUGGAACCUCCGCGGCGUCCUCAGCAACGCCUGGCACCGCGUGUCCGUCAACCUGCACAGAAGCUCGUCGCCCCCAGUGACGUCAUAAAAUAACAAAAAACAAGCAAAAAACGUGGUGGCGUCAUAUAAAAACGUGGUGAUGUCAUAAAACGUGAAUUUCGCAUAUCUGGAGCUUAUAAAACUUUAUGCAGUCUAGACUCAAGACUAAUAUAAUAGUGUGUGAGAGUUUAGUGACUUUAGACACACUAUAACGCCAUACAAAUUGUAAAUGUGUGUAACGACAUUAGAGAUUGAGUCUGGACUCUCUUAAAGUUUUAUGAGCAUUGGCCCACGUGCUUAUAAAACUUGAAUAGCUUAGACUCAAGACUCUUAAUAGAGACUGGAGCUUUAAUGCCAUGGUAACGACGUUUUAAUUGAUUGCGUAUGACGUCAUUAAAUAUUUUAGUCUAAAAGUCUAGUGAUUUUUUUAUUUUAUAUAUAUAAACACGGCCAAUGUUUAUGAAACUUAAGACUCAAAAGCUUUAAUAAUGUCACUAAUAUGCAAUUUGUAUGGUGUUGCCAUGAUGUCAAGUUAUUAAGACGUCAUAGAAGAUAGGAGUCUAGACUCGAAAAGCUUUAUUCGCACGGGCCCAGGAAAAUAAAUUCCAUUAUCCAAGCAGCUAUAAAUAGACAUGUUUUCUGUGACACUUUCUUUCCUGUCCUGGACAGGAGAGUCGGCCAAGGCCGGCCCUUGUGCCCAAGACAGGCGUGCGCUACAACAGCUUGCUCUGAAUGUGCACGUAAACUCUUUUGCCACUUUCAACGCGAACUCAGGAGAGCGAGCGUCUGCGUACCAUUUGACUGCUUUCCAUUCUUAUCAUAUGACGACCAUCUAUCCAUUGACCGCAGGCGCUCAGCCACCUCAACAUACCUCAGUCUUUUGUUGGACACUAUGCAUCUUACUAAACAAAUAAUACGUAUCAAUGUUUUUGUGUAUUAAUGACGAUAUUAAUCAAUCUCUCUCUCUCUCUCUCUCUCUCUCUCUCUCUCUCUCUCUCUCUCUCUCUCUCUCUCUGUCUCUGUCUCUGUCUCUGUCUCUGUGUUUUUAACAUCAGAAUCUGUUGACAUUUUUUUUUUUUUUAAUGACGUACAGCAGUUAUCGGCGGUGCGGUGACGUGAAGUCUGACGGGGAUUGGGGGGGGGGGGGGGGUCAAGGAUAAGUUUAAAGAUUUUAACAUUAAUGAAAUGCCAGAUGCCGAAGGUGCUAAAUUCUUUUUAGAGGGACCAGAAUACAUGCAAUCUUGGGUUGGGACUGUCCAGCCACUGGCCAUGGUUUUAGAUUUGGUGGGGUACCCACACUAUGUAUGUAUGUAUGUAUAUAUAAUUUUUAUAAAAUUUAAUGCAGUAAAAACAAAAGAAAAAAGGCCUGAUGGGGGGUGGGGGUGUCCCUCGCUACGCCACUGCCUUCAACAAAUACAUAACACAGUGGCCUUGGUGUUUAAAAGUGACCCCUUUAUUCAACCAAUAAGAAUACUGAUGACAUAACCGCACCAAUAACCUACACCAGCUUAAAACGAAAGGUCAAGCGGAUUGAAUUCUAUACGUCUGUUUUGUUACGAGCAUUCACGCUAACGGUUCUACUGGUUUCUGGCCUAGUAUAGUUAUUGAACACUGAGCGACAAAACCAGUCCAGCAUCAUCUAAAUAUUGGACUGGUUCAGUGCUUAAAAGUUAAAGACCUUUUUAUAUAGUCUAGACUCAUGUCUGGAAUUUUUUAACGUCAUGUCAACGCGCACGAAUGUGUGACGUCAUUAAAAAAUACUUCACCUAUUUUUGUUGUUGCUUGGACACUAAAUACUGAAGCAUAUUUUUGUUGUUGUUCAACGCACAACUGCCUUACAAGCUAAGUAAAAAUGUAUUGAAAAUGUU